CAGCUGAUCGAAGACGUUCUAAAGAAAAAUUUCUACACUUUUUUUAGUUAAAGACUAUUUCCGUUUUUAAUUAAGAAACUUUUUAAUUUAUAAAAGAAAACAAGACAUGUAUUAAUUAAUUAAAAUAGAUAAUUUAACACAUAAUCAAAAGCAUUUAGCGAAAAGCAAGAAAAUAACUUUAGCAUUAUGGCGGUUUUAGGAGCUCAAUUGGUGAUUACACUGAUUAUGGUCAGUGUAAUACAAAAAUUAAAUCCACACUUUUCAUUUGCCAAAUGGAUUUUGUGUUCAACCGGCUUAUAUCGUUACUUACACCCCACCGAUGAUGAACUGAGGACAAAGGGCGGUGUGCCCAAGGAGAAACAACAAAAAGGCGGCUACAAGGGCAACAAACAUCAACAGAAUGGUUCGACUAAAAGCAAAGAGGGUCAAUUUCAUAUACCACGUAGCAUAGAGAUUGAUUUGGAAACUACCCCAGUGGUUGCUAAGGAUGUUAUAUAUUUAAGAUAUUUUACCGAAUAUCAAUGGUUGGUGGAUUUUAGUAUGUACGCAGCUAUAGUUUAUAUAAUUUCAGAGGUUUAUCAUUAUUUCGUUCCUCUUAAGAACGAGGUCAACUUAAGUAUGGUGUGGUGCUUGUUAGUGAUAUUCUUUGCCAUAAAAUUGUUGUCUUCUUUGACCGUUUUAUACUUUCAAAGUGACGAAUCUAUCGGUGAACGUUCCAUGGUCAUUGUUGCUUGUCUGGUUUAUUUGCUAAUAGCCAUGAUUGUUUUAAUUAUAGAUGAAAGUAUAUUGGAGACGGGCUUGGAAGAUGCUUAUGCUAGUUUUAAUGCUAAUGCUUCCAAAUUUUUAAGCGAACAAGGAUUACAAUCAUCUGGUCCUGCCUCAAAAAUAGUUGUUAAAUUCUUUAUGGCUUUGGGUUGUGGUAUUUUGGGUUCACUAUUUACCUUUCCCGGUCUGCGUAUGGCAAAAAUGCAUUGGGAUUCUUUGAGAUAUUGUCGUGAAAAUAAAUUUUUACAAAUUCUCUUAAACAUCAGUUUUGUUUUGCCUUUUAUUUUGGUAAUCUUAUGGAUAAGACCCAUUAGUAGAGAUUACCUGACGGUGCGUGUAUUUCAAGGAAUGGAAGAACCUUUACUUAAGCCUCAUAUAUUUGAAACACUACGCUUGUUGCUGGUAGUAUUUGUGGUGAUAUUACGUUUUGCCUUAAUGCCCAUUUACUUGCAAUCGUAUCUUAAUUUGGCUCAUGAUAAAAUUAUGGAUUUACGCAAAGAAGCGGGACGUAUAACUAAUUUUGAGUAUCAGAAAAAGAUUUCUUCCAUUUUCUAUUAUUUGUGUGUGGUUACUUUACAAUUUGCGGCACCUUUGAUUUUAUGCUUGUAUCUUACAUUAAUGUACAAAAGUUUAGGUGGCUAUAGCUGGACUGGCAUAUUUAAGGAAACUGUUUUACAGCAUGAAUGUUCAGCAGAUUUAGAACCUGCUUUGGAUAUGUCUCAGGACUUUAUAGAAGGCAGCGGCCUGCCGCUUUUAACAGAAGAAACUGAAAAUGAAUUUAAUAUUUUAGAAUCAGCACAAAAUUUACAAAAUUCUAUUAUGAGUUUAAAGAAUGUAUUUAGCACAGAGGUUUAUAAAGGUUUCUUGGGUUUUGCCACCUGGUGGAGUUAUUUCACCUUAUUUGCCACCUCAUCUUUGGGUAUUGUUUAUCAGUCCUAUUUCAACAAAACCUAAGGUUACUGUCAACCAUCUCGAAUCCAUCCCUUAAAGCAAUAACACAUAAUUUAUUUUAUAAGAAUUUGUAAAGUUAACACUUCAAAUUUAAAAACCAAAAAAAGUCAUUAGUUAGUAAAAAUUUGAGAUUAAGUUUUAAAUUCUUCAUUUGUUAAAUUUCAUUCAAACCAAACAUUUGUAAACAAGUCCUUUUUCAACAAAUCUUUGCCAUAUUUUCUGUGUGUGUGUGUUUUAUUUAUUAUUUAUACUUUGUAUAAAAAUUGAAAAGAUAUUUUCAUACAUAAAACAUUUAUAAUUAUAUAAAUUUAA